AUGACCAUCUGCAGAACGUCUGGCUGGUUUGAGCUUCCGCUAACUUCCCCACGGGACGACGAGACGCAUCUAGGUCUCCCCCCAGAAACAACCUCGAGCUGUCCUACGACGACGACAACUACGCCGCCGAGGACGCCCGCCACCGCGACCCCGAUCCAUCUCGGGAUCGCCACUGGGACCGUGACACCGCAGAGUACCGCGCCAGAGACUACGACCGCUACUAUCAUGGACCGACGUCCGAGGCCUACCAGUCACGUCCUGGAUCGAGAGAUCAAGGCGGUCCUGGGCAUGACCAUGUGGAUCGCCGUCAUGAAGACCCUUCGCUACUUGACCCACAUGACGGCCACGACCGCGGACCACGUCGUCACGAUCGAGGUGGCCGGGGCUACCCUCGCUCUCACUACGACAAUGGCCCUCGCCGCCAUGAUGCCCGAUAUGGUUCUGACGAGGAUUUUCGUCAUCUUUCCACCUCUCCAGGUGGCAGCCCAGGUCGUUAUCCUCGUCGCGAUCGUUCUGCAUCGCCUCUUCGACAAGCUGGUGCUCCCAGUGAUACUGCUUAUCUUUCCCGAUAUCCAGCCGUCGACAUUCGUCUUCCUUCUGGACGAGGUAAGCACUUCCCGCCCGAAAUCCCCUCCGCAGCCGCUUAUGACCCUCCCUCCCAUCACAGGCCAACGCCGUGCUUUCGUCCAGUUCGACAGCGUCGAAAACGCCAUCGACUUCGUCAAAGACAACUACCCCAAGCUGGUGCUUGACUUUGCUGGUUUGGUCGACGGCGACGCCGAUGGAAUGACCUCCAUCUACAUCCAUUACGCCAGGAACCGCGACGACGCCGAGCGGGACAGUCGUGCCGGCCUAGCACCCAACUGGAACUGUCCCACGUGCGACUUUUCAAAUUACGCAUCGAGAAACCGCUGCAAAAACUGCGGUGGCCCGCCUACAGAUCCAUCGCAAUACCGGCAUUUGCUGACUGGCGAAAGCGAUGCGGCCGACACCCCGUCGCAGAUCCUGGUCUUCUUCCCCUUGGCACCGUCGGUCAACGAGGAUGUCUUCUCAGCGGGCGCCGCGAAGCUUCAACUAGUGCAGAGGCCCGCAGCCUCGAAGGGCUCUGGCGACCAGCCAAAGCUCAAGUCUACUGCGCCUACCGGUGACGCAUCUGGAUAUGGUGCCAGGCCAGGCUCGCUGCAUCGCACCUUCCUGAUGCGAGACCAGGAUACGAACGAGUCCUUCAACUUUGGCUUCGCCGAAUUCUGGACCGUCGAGGAUGCUUUGGCAGCGAUGAAAAAGUUCAACAUGAUGCGCGAAUUCACCAUUGCCUCGGAACCCGUGACGGUCUCCACCAUCCAUCUCGGCGUCUUUGUGCCAGAACUCCGCGAGGUCACUCGUGCCAUUGAGCGCGUCUCGUUCAACCCCUUGUUCAAUCCGACCCUCCGCGUCAAGUACUGGGAGCCGCACGUGUACCCCAGCGAAAGAGUCAUCACCGAGGCCCCUCCCGGCGGCACCGCUGCCGAUGGAAACAAGACUGAUGCGAAUGAAGAGUCCAAGAAAAACAAGAAACGCAAGGCGGAUGGAAGCCUGGCCUCCUCAUCAACCAAGAAGUCUGUCCCGAUGGCUGGCCAAAUAGCGUUCUGGCAGAGGCGGCAUGACGAAAUCCACGAGGGCAAGCGGCCUGCGGACGCUGCCGCCGAGAACGACAACGGCGCCGACCCGCGACGGUCCGAAGAGCGCGCGCCUGUCAAGAUCUCGCUGUCCGGUUCAAACGCGAUUUCAACCGGCCCGAUCAAAAUCUCGCUGACGGGAGCGAGCCUGUCAAAGUCCCCGGCACUGACGCCCACGCCACCUAGCGAGGCUGCGCUGGAAUCCGGAGGCCCGACAUCCGUGCCCGCAGCGACGGCCGACAGCGGAACCCCAGAUCCGACAUCGACGGCGGAGGCAGCGGUGUCGUACGUCGACCGCGAGAAGAUCUGCUGCCUGAUCUGCAUGAUGAAAUACAAGACCUUGGACGACCUCAACACGCAUGAGAAAUCGAGGAACCACAAGAACGCCAUGGCGGACGACGACAAGGUCAAGGCCGCCAAGCCGCGCCUGGCUGCCCGAGACAAGAGGAUGGCGGCGAAGCAGGCGGACGAGCAGCCCAAGGGGGGCGAGGAAUCGGGACCCCAGUACCGAGACCGGGCCAAGGAGCGCAGGGAGGUCUUUAACCAGCCGGCGAAGCCCAAGGUCCCGCCGCAUAGCGGCAAGCCCUCAGCAGCAGGAGCAGGAGCAGGAGCAGGAGCAACAGCCACCAAGAAGAAGGCGACGACGGCGGCGGCGGCGGCAGCGGCCGCCCCGCCGCCACCGCCGCAGUCCAAGGGCGCGGGUAUGCUGGCCAAGAUGGGCUGGAGCGCGGGCCAGGGCCUCGGCGCCAAGGGCGACGGGCGCACCGAGGUGAUCGCGACGCACGCGUACCAGGAGGGCGUUGGACUCGGCGCCGAGGGCGGCAACCUGGGCGACGCGGCGGAGCUUGCGCAGCGCAAGACGACCAACAGCUACGCCGAGUACGUCAACACGGUGCAGGACAGGGCCAGGGAGCGGUACAACAAGCUGGGCUGA